AUGGGGAAGAGAAAGGCUCCCAAAAAGUCCUCUCCUCCAAAGUUUCCUUUAGGUGCUCACACUCAAGUUUCGACUGAGAAUGGCACACCUAUGGCUGUCGAUUUCACCAUCGCCUCCCAUGUUACUGAGGAGGCUAGCGCCUCACAAAUCACGGCUUCUGCGAGCAAGCUCCAGGACCCGACUUCAGACCUAACUUCUGGAUCUGAAAAACCAAUCACUGUUGUUUCAGUGAAUUCUGCGAAGGUUGCUACGGUGACUGACCCAGGCACAACACCCCUCUGCGACGAGAAGGAGGAAGGAGAGAUCUCUCCCAUCAACUCCAACCUUGUCCCUGCAAAGGAGGCUCCAACCCUUGGAGUAACAGGGGUUCUCGAACCUCCAGUGGCUACCAAAUCUUCACCCACUACGGGAGAGGAAAAGGAAAGCCAGAAUACCACAACAUCAACAAAGCCGGAUCUCUGGACUGGUUUAUUCAAAGGAAACAUGAAGAAGUUGCAGAGAAAAGGUGAUAGCUUUAUGCUUCCAUCAGGAGAGUCUUGUGUCACUAUUCCAAAUUCUGUCAUCGUGAAGAACAGAGGGUCUUGGGACAGUUUCAUCAUUGGGCAAUUCUACUCUGAUCCACCGUCUCAGGGCACUAUUCAGAAGAUAGUUAACGGCAUCUGGAGUAAACAGUUUAGGGACAUCACCGUCUCUAAAAUGGAAGGCUUCGCUUUUCUUUUCAGAAUUCCGAAUGCCUCAACCCGAGCUCAUGUCUUGAAGCAAUGUCUAUGGCAAAUAGAAGGUCAAACAAUGUUUGUCGCUAAGUGGGAACCGGGGAUCGUUCCAGUUAAACCUGAGCUAACUUCAGCACCAAUCUGGCUGGAGUUACGUGAUGUUCCUCUGCAAUUCUUCAACGAAGAAGCACUUGAGCAUAUUGCCAGUCAGGUAGGAGAUCCAAAAUUCCUACAUCCCCAUACGGCAAAUAAAACGAACCUGGAAGUGGCUAAAGUCUUUACCAUCAUAGACCCCAGAGUGCCUCUACCGGAAGCGGUGAACGCCAGGUUUGAAUCAGGAGAGAUUAGAAGGAUUCGGGUAUCAAGUCCCUGGAUGCCUCCAGUGUGUUCGUUCUGUAAAGAGGCCGGUCACUCUCUCAAGCGCUGUAAAAAAGCCCCCAUCACUUGCAAAGCUUGCAAAUCAACCAGUCAUCAACAAUCUGACUGCACUCGCUCAAAAGACAAGUCACCAGCUAAGUCAGUAAAUAAUCAGAGACCUGUACACAACUCUAAAGAAGUCAGGACAAACACUAAGGGAGCAAACGAUCUCCAGCCUCCUACCUCCUCUCUGAAGAGCUCAAAAGCGUCUUUCAAUAGCAUGGAGAAAGGAGAAGCUAGUCUCCCCGUGGGUACACGUAGCCUGGGCUCCGCAGACCCUCCUGAUCCUGUGAACUCAGAAACAUCACCAGCGGAGUCGGACUCUUCCGAUUUGGACUCAACAGAUUCACAGUUUAGCGAUGACUCUGGCUUUCAGGAUGUAAUCUCCUCUCGCCAGAAGAAGAAGGACAGGGGCAGGGGCCCCAAAAACAAGUCAACCACCGUACUGGAUUUAAAAAAUGGUUCAAGCAGCAUAGACCAUCUUUUGGGUGUCUUCUUGAGACACAUGUACAGCGGAUUAAGCAGAAUAAGUUUGUUACCUCCCUCUUACCCGGUUGGGGUUUUGAUGGUCUCGAUUAUUCAAAAAUCCCUUCAGAUGAUCACUUGCCUUGUCAAGCACCCGGGCUAUCUAUCUCCGGUCAUCGUUUCUUGUAUCUACGCUUCUACUGAUGAAGAUAUUCGAAAAGAACUGUGGUCUGAGAUCAUUUGCAUCUCAACUCAUUCAGAAGUGCAAGGGAAAUCCUGGCUUCUUGUUGGAGACUUCAACCAGAUUUUAAAACCCCAGGAACACUCAAGACCGCCUACCCUUAAUGUAGACAGGAAAACCAGGGAGUUCCAGGAAUUCAAAAAAGCCAACCCCAUCGGAAAGAAGCUAGAUCGUAUAUUGGUAAAUGACCAGUGGCUUGUCCAAUUCCCAUCUUCUCUUGGAGUUUUUGGACCUCCACAGUUCUCUGAUCACACGUCUAUGUCAGUCAUUUUGGAGUCUGCUAAGUCUAAGCACCGAAUCCCAUUCAGAUUCUACAACUUCCUACUCUUGGAUGGUGAGUUCCUGCCAAUGAUCGCCUGGCUCUGGUUUUCUACAAAUAUUGUGGGUUCUGAAAUGUUCCGAGUCUCGAAAAAGCUCAAAGCUCUUAAGAACCCGAUAAGAUCUUUUAACAGAGACCAUUACUCAAACCUGGAGAAACGUGCUGAAGAAGCUCAAACAAGUCUGAAUCAAAUUCAGCAGGAUCUCCUUUCUUCCCCGUCAGUGGCUUUAGCUGAAGCAGAGGCUGAAGCACAAAGAAAACUGGGCAUUCUCCUCAACGCAGAGCAAGUGUUCCUAUUUCAGAGAUCUAACAUAUCAUGGCUGAAUGUUGGUGACUGUGGUUCUCACUACUUUCACAAAAUUAUGGCUACAAGGCGUUCUCAGAAUCAUAUUCAUCUCUUAAUUGGCCCGUCUGGCGAAAAAUUUGAAACCCGUGAGGCUAUUCACGCUCAUUGCCUUGCUCACUUUGCUGACUUCUUAGGGAGCACCCCCACCAUGCCUCUCUUUGAUCCUCAAGACAUCACUCUUCUGCUAAACUACAACUGCCCAGAAAGUCAAUGCGACAAGCUGCAGGAGGAUUUCUCAGACGAGGAAAUCAAGGAUGCGUUCUUCAAUUUACCACGAAACAAAUCAUGUGGUCCUGAUGGCUUCUCCUCUGAAUUCUUCAUUGGCUGCUGGUCUAUCAUUGGCCCUGAGAUCACUUCAGCUGUUAAAGAAUUCUUCAGGGAAGGAAAACUGUUGAGGCAAUGGAACUCAACAUUGUUGGUGCUUAUUCCUAAAAUCAGGAAUGCUUCAAAGAUAGGGGAUUUCAGACCGAUAUCUUGUCUCAACACCUUGUAUAAAGUGAUCUCUCGGCUGUUAACAGGCAGAUUGAAGGAGGUUCUCAGCCCGGUCAUUUCGCAUGCCCAAUCAGCUUUUAUGCCUGGUAGGCUGCUCGCUGAAAACGUCUUGCUGGCUACGGAGCUAAUUCAAGGUUACAAACGGAAGAACAUCUCACCUCGUGCUAUGCUCAAGGUUGAUCUUCGUAAAGCUUUUGACUCUAUUCGAUGGGAUUUUGUGCUUGCAUCACUCAGAGCCAUUGGACUGCCUCAUCGCUUUAUAAACUGGAUAUCAGAGUGUAUCUCUUCUGCCUCCUUCACGAUCUGUAUUAAUGGAGAAGCAGGUGGCUAUUUCAAAAGCUCGAGAGGAUUGAGGCAAGGGGAUCCCUUAUCGCCGUAUCUUUUCGUGCUGGCAAUGGAGGUAUUUUCUAGACUACUCAAAUCUCGUUAUGCCUCGGGAUAUAUUGAGUAUCACCCAAGCGCUAAGCCGGUGGAUAUCUCUCAUUUAAUGUUCGCCGAUGACGUAAUGGUCUUCUAUGAUGGUAGCAGCUCUUCACUACAUGGCAUCUCAGAAACGCUUGACGACUUUGCUAUGUGGUCAGGACUUGAAAUCAACCACAACAAGUCUGAGCUUUUCACUGCAGGCCUCUCCCAACUGGAAACAAUCACCUCCAUGAGCUAUGGUUUCCCUAUUGGUACACUACCUAUCCGCUAUUUGGGCCUUCCGCUUAUGCACCGUAAGUUGAGAAUCUCGGAAUACUCCCCGCUGUUGGACAAAAUAGCCGCAAGCUUUAAUGCUUGGUCAGCGAGACAUCUCUCCUUUGCUGGCAGACUUGUGCUUAUAAAAUCAGUUAUCUCAGGCACGGUGGUGUUUUGGAUCACAACGUUUAUCUUGCCAAAGGGUUGUAUCAAGAAGAUCGAAUCUCUCUGCUCAAAGUUCUUAUGGUCAGGUCAGAUCGAAGGUCCCGCAUUUACAAAGAUCUCUUGGGCUACUUGUUGCUUACCAAAGCAAGAAGGCGGGUUGGGUCUGCGCCGUUAUGAAACUUGGAAUAAAACUCUAUGCCUUCGUCUCAUCUGGCUACUAUUUGCAGAAGGAGGAUCACUUUGGGUGGCGUGGCACAAACACCAUCACCUAAACUGUCAAAGUUUCUGGGAGUUAACCGGCCAUGCUAGAGAUUCAUGGCAUUGGAAGUCGCUACUCAAGCUUAGGCAACUUGCGAGGCCGUAUAUUGUAUGCACGGUUCAAAAUGGAAGAUCAGCUAGUUUCUGGUUUGAUCAAUGGACACCGUUGGGAGCUCUAAUAGAUGCUCUAGGACCUACAGGACCCCGUACUCUACGGAUACCUCUUCAAGCUACUGUCUCCGAGGCUACUUCAGACGACUUUUGGAAUCUGCCAGCGCCUAGAUCAGACGAAGCAGUAGCUCUCCAUGCUUAUCUGACAAAUAUUCCAGUUCCUUCAGGUGCACUAGACUCAGAUUUCUAUUCUUGGACCAUUGAGGGGGUGAAGUUUCAGUCCUUCUCCUCAUCCAAAACUUGGAGCACGAUCAGAGAAAGGCAACAACACUGUAAUUGGUACAAUGUAGUAUGGUUUAAAGGCAAUACGCCUAAACAUGCUUUCCAUAUGUGGGUUGCUGUCAAUGACAGGUUACCGACGCGCUCCAGAUUAGCGGCUUGGGGAAUGCUCACUCCAACAACAUGUUGCUUGUGCAUGUGCGCAGACGAAUCGAGGGACCAUAUCUUCAUAGAAUGUCCUUUCAGCAAGGAUCUUUGGCGAAUGAUGCUCCAAAAACUGUCUUCACCAAGACUUACCUUUCACUCUUGGACGCAGCUACUGAAUUGCCCUUCCACGGCUCACGUUCGGCCCCUGCGUAUCCUGAGAAGCGUUGCAGUCCAAGCAAUUGUCUACAAUCUCUGGACCGAAAGAAAUAGCAGAAUCUUCAAGAGCAAAGUGUUAACCACAUCAGAACUCUUCAAGAUUGUGGAUAGACAAGUGAGGAACACCAUCUCUGCUCGCAAGACCAGGAAGCACUUCAAGAAUCUCAUGGCUGUUUGGUUGAUCUAA